CACGCGGCUCAUCAUUGACUUGAUCAGUUCAUCAGUAGUGCAGGGGUUUCCAGACAGCUGAGCUCUGCCCGUUUCCGCUCCUCCUUCCGCCCCGCUGAGGAAGCGCCAACUGGUGAACCGUUGUUGACUCUCUGCUGGCUGCUAUUCUUGAGCUCUUGUCGCCCGCCCAACCCAUCCCAACUCCACUUGAGCCAGAUUGUGGGGGAGCGCAACCCGUCGACCUUUGCCUCCCUACCAGUCUCUAUUGCUCCUUAUUGGCUUCUACAACAACUUACCAAGAAGAACCCAUUUCCCUUUGUAACAGAAACCCAGAAGCUCCCCCCUCUUUCGCUUUCUCCGCUCAAAAUCCAUCACGUCACGUUGUCCUUCAUCUCACAAUCAACCCCCGAACUCGCCGAACCGACGUCGGCUCUGAUCUCCCACACCCGCCCCCCCCAAAAGGGUCACAAUGGCUGCCGCCUUUGACGACGAAGACCUUUCUGUCUCCCUUCCUCCUUUUGAAGCCGAUCGUCCUCGUGACCGUCGUCCCAGCUCUAACAAUCCUCCUCCCAAUCCCAAUUUCCCUGCCAUGGCGAUGCCUCCGCCAUCCCGCCCGAUCGGAAAAGGCGGCGAGGCCUCGAUGCAGUCCCCGGCUACCACCAGAGACAUGCAGCGCCUUGAUCAAUACCAGACUGUGAAGAUACUCGGUGAAGGCUCAUUUGGCAAGGUGAAAUUGGCGAUCCACCAGCCGAGUGGUCGGCAGGUCGCGCUCAAGUUUAUCUCCCGUCGCAAAUUGCUUUCCCGAGACAUGGUCGGUCGUGUCGAACGUGAGAUUCAGUACUUGCAAUUGCUGCGGCACCCUCAUAUUAUCAAGUUAUACACCGUCAUUGCGACCAAAACUGAUAUCGUCAUGGUCCUUGAAUAUGCUGAGCGGGAAUUGUUUGACUAUCUGGUGAAGCGCGGUCGCUGCAAUGACGCCGAAGCUCGCAAAUUCUUCCAGCAGAUCAUAUGUGCAGUGGAAUACUGUCAUCGUCACAAGAUCGUUCACCGUGACCUGAAACCGGAGAACCUGCUCAUUGACCGGGAGAAGAACGUUAAGAUCGCUGAUUUCGGUCUGAGCAACAUUAUGACAGACGGUAACUUCCUCAAAACGAGUUGUGGUAGCCCGAACUAUGCAGCACCCGAGGUCAUUUCGGGAAAGCUCUAUGCAGGGCCAGAGGUCGAUGUAUGGAGCUGCGGUGUCAUUCUAUACGUGCUGUUAGUGGGAAGACUUCCCUUCGAUGACGACUAUAUCCCUGCCCUCUUCAAGAAAAUUGCGGCCGGGAACUUUCACAUGCCUGCGUACAUCUCGUCCGGGGCUGCUCGGUUAAUCCGGUCCAUGUUGCAGGUUCACCCGGUUCACAGGAUCACCAUUCCAGAAAUUCGCCAGGAUCCCUGGUUCUUAGAAGGGAUUCCAAAAUAUCUACAGCCUCCGCCAGAGGAGUUCAUUGCUACUGGCGUGGACCCAAAUAAAGCUAUAGAUCCACGCAAGCUUGCACCAGGAAAACCCCUGUCCGUGCAGCAUAAGAUCCACCAGAUCGCCAUUUCCAAAUUGGAGCGGAGCAUGGGAUACACGCGCGAGGAUAUUGAAGACGCCUUGAAAAAUCCUGAGCCAAGCGCCAUCAAAGAUGCUUUCUUCAUUAUCAUGGAAAACGAGAUGAUGCAGACGAACUCGCCAACAGACGACAAUCUUAUGGGCCCUUCUGUCGCUCCCUCUCCACCCCCGGAUCGGAUGCCUCAGCCCUCAGCAGCGGCUGGCCGCCCAAAUAUCCCGCUAAGCCAAGGAUCUGCGUUGGAUGCCCCCACAAGGCCGCGAAGUGGCUCACAGCGUCAACCGUCGCAAUUGUCGCAGCACAGCAACUCCGAUGAUCUUGACGCGCCGCGAGUUAGCCAUGUUCGAAUUUUGCCGACAAGUGUGCCGUAUGUACAUGAUCAGCUUAUGGAACAGCGGGAACGUGAGCAGAGAGAACGAGCUGCGGAGCGGUCAUCUGAGGAGCAGGGACGUUUAGAGUCUGCAGAUGACUCGAACGGCAAUGGUCAACCGGGGCGCUCGCUAGACGAGCAAGAGGUGACUGCAAGGGCACUCAAACCGCAUUCCCGCAGUAUCGUCGAUCUUGACAAGCUCCGCCUGCAACCGCCCGAGGGUCGCAGCGCCCCGCACCAGCCCAAACGGUCGCGAAAGUGGCAGUUUGGGAUUCGCUCUCGUAAUCAACCAUACGAGGCAAUGCUCUAUCUUUACAAGGCCAUUUCGGCUCAGGGAGGCAUCUGGGAAAUUGCCCCUACCGGAGCAGAUGGCUUGCAAAUAGGGGAGCAAUGCCCGGACGAGCCUAUGCCGCUGCAAAGCAAGUACCCGGAUCUACCAUCAGAUUACUACAUUCCCAAGGAUCCUUGGUUCAUCCGAGCGCGUCUCUUGAAGGAGGGAGUCAAGGCUCCCGGCCAGUCUGCCAGUGUGCACAGCAGCCGCAGUGAUUUGAACCUCGAAGACUUGCGGCGACGGUUCAAUCUAUCCAGCGGUCCAUUCUCGGCCGAUGACAAGAGCCUCACGCCGGACCAUCCGAGCAUCUCGAAUCCUUCUUCGGCGACUCAAGCUCACACAAUCUCCCGCAUUUCGUACGGAGUGUGGGUUUUCGUUGACAUUCAGCUGUAUCAGUUGGAAGAAAACAACUACAUGGUUGACUUCAAAUGUGAUGGGUAUCAGAACGUGAUUCGUGGCGAAGGCAACGGUGAUUGGCAUCCCAUCAGUAAAAGGUUCCGGAACAAGGAGAAGGAAGUGACCAGCCCAUAUCCGUUCCUUGACGUGGCCUCGGAUUUGGUGGCUCAGCUAGCGACUGCUAGCUAAAUAAUGCUGCAGUUGUUGAAUACUUUCUCAAGGCGUUCGUGGGGCUUUCUGGAGCAUUUUAUGGGUGGCAUUUGGCGUUUGUUUCCUUGUCUAGCAUUAUAUUUAUCUUCAUGCUGGCAUCUCUUAUAUGAAGCCUAUGAAAUUGGCUACGAGGAAAGAACAAAC